AUGGGGCCCCUGGCCACCUCAGCCGCCCCCGCCCCCGUGGCCACUGCGGCCGUCCUUCUCCUGCGGACUGGGGAGCUGGGGUGCUUGUGCACCAGCCCCAGGGAGCCUCUCCCUCGCGCAGGUGAGUGUCCCAGCCCCGGCCAGGGCGGCGCGGCCAAGCGGAAGAAGAAGCAGCGGCGAAACCGCACCACGUUCAACAGCAGCCAGCUGCAGGCCCUGGAGCGCGUGUUCGAGCGCACCCACUACCCCGACGCCUUCGUGCGGGAGGAGCUGGCCCGGCGUGUCAGCCUCAGCGAGGCUCGCGUGCAGGUCUGGUUUCAGAACCGCCGGGCCAAGUUCCGCCGGAACGAGCGGGCCAUGCUGGCCACCCGCUCCGCCUCGCUGCUCAAGUCCUACAGCCAGGAGGCCACCAUCGAGCAGCCCGUGGCUCCCCGGCCCACCGCCCUGGGCCCCGACUAUCUCCCCUGGACAGCCUCGUCCCCCUACAGCGCCGUGCCGCCCUACAGCCCCGGAGGCCCGGGCCCCACCACCCCGGGCGUCAACAUGGCCAACAGCAUCGCCAGCCUGCGCCUCAAGGCCAAGGAGUUCAGUCUGCACCACAGUCAGGUCCCCACGGUGAACUGACGCCGGCCACCAGGGCCCCGCCGCCGCCCGGCUCCCGCGGCCAGAAGAGGGAAACCGGCGCGCCACCUCCGCCUGAGCCCGGCUGGCGGGCGCUCCUGGGCCUCUCCCAGCCAACUCGGGCCUGCCCAGCCCUCUCCACAGCGCCGUCCUGGCCGAGGCUGCGGCCCUCGGAGGGGCUGGCCGCAGGAGGGCAGGCGCUCCAAGGACCUCGCUCACUUUGUGCAUUAAAACCGAAA